AAAGCUCUAUUCAAGACAAUUGUCACGUGCGAGUGGUUCCACAACUCGUCGGUAAUCCUAUUCUUCAACAAAUAUGACUUAUUUGAGGAGAAGAUCUGUUCGGCCACUCAUUUGGUGGACUUCUUCGGCGAAUACGAGGGCCCGAAACGGGACGUCAUAUCCGGGCAUGAUAUCUUCGAUGAAUCCGAAAGCGAUUCCGACUCUGAGGUCGACACCAAAGAUAAGGUCAACUUUAUUGUGGACUCAAAACCAAAAGACAAUAACCGAAAGAAAGGCUUACACAAUAACCGAAAGAAAGGCUUACGUAUGGAUAAGAUAUCAGUUUUGGGAUCAACUCUGGAGUUUGAACCAAAAGCCAAACCAUAUCUAAGCAAAGAUCAAACGCCCGAAGAAUCGUUCAAAUUGUUGAAUGAGAUGUCGAUGAAGGCAAUGGAGGACGAGUUGAGCCGCAAGUGUGUCAUUAAACCGGGUUUUGAGCAAAACUAUACGAUUAAAGCCUUUCGGAUGAGUAAACGCCAGAAGAAGAAGAUUAAUAGGGAAGAGAUGUCAAAGACUUUGGGGAAGAAGUGGUUUGAUAUGAGAGUGACUGAUAUGACUGAAGAGAAGAGAAAUGAUUUGUUGGCAUUAAAUAUGAGGAAAGGUUGGGAUCCGAAGCGCUUCUACAAGAAGAACGAUCGCAAAGAAUUGCCCAAAUUCUUCCAAAUGGGAACUAUUAUCGAAUCCAAAGCAGAUUAUUAUCACUCAAGAGUUCCCAAAAAGGAUAGGAAGCGGACACUUGUCGAGGAGCUGUUGGCCGACGCGGACUUCAAGAAGUUUAAUAAACGCAAGUAUUCCGAAGCGUUGGCUAAGAAUCCAUAUUAUCUUCGGAUGAAACGCAAGAAAGAGAGACAAGAGAUGAAGAAAAAGGGAUUAAAUUUCAAACAACAGAGGAAUCAGAAGAAAACCAAACGAAAGACCGAAAGAAAACAACGUUCUGUGGAAUAG